GGCAUUUCCAAGCAUCUCUUUUUACAUCUCUUGCACCCUUCUAGAUCUUCUACAUUCUCGUAUUUGCAGAGAAGAUGGCGACAAUUCCGAUCAUCAUCAAGCAUCAGGGCAAGAAGUACAAUGUCGACCUCGACCCCUCCGCAAAUGGCGAAAUGCUCAAGUUCCAACUUUUCUCCCUCACCGGCGUCGAACCCGAACGACAGUCACUUCUGAUCAAAGGCGGAAAGCUCAAAGAUGACACCGAUCUGUCCAAGCUCAAUGCCAAACCAGGCCAGAUAUUUACCAUGCUUGGGACUGCAUCGUCCGAAGGAAGUGCUCUUGUGGCGCCAGUUGAGAAACCCAAAUUCCUAGAAGACAUGACCGCAGCAGAGGUUGCCGCGCAGGAAGGGGCCACGCCCGCUGGUCUUCAGAAUCUUGGAAACACCUGCUAUCUCAAUUCUACCUUGCAAGUCCUGCGAAGCAUACCAGAAAUGCAAGAAGGGCUCAAAACAUACAAUCCCGAUCUAGCCACCUCAAGCACUUUACAAGAUCUGAGUCGCUUUGGCCUGGGUGGUCUCGGUUCAUCCAACGAUUUGACUGCGCAACUGCGAGACCUCUACAAGCAAAUGUCGGAGACCCAGGAAGGAUUUCCACCAUUGAUGUUCUUGGACGCUCUGCGAACCGCAUAUCCACAGUUCGCCCAAAAAGCUAAGAACGGCCACGGCUAUGCGCAGCAGGAUGCCGAGGAGGCUUGGUCACAAAUUCUACAGCAGCUGAGACAGAAACUCAAGAUCACAGAGAAGAGCUCGCCUGACCAGAAGGAAAUCGCAUUUAUCGAUCGAUACAUGGCUGGCACGUUCCAUGCUUCACUUGCGCCACCUGCGGAGGCUGCUGAGAACGAACCUGUUAUCGAGUCUGACGACACCUUCUUGAAGCUAGACUGCCACAUCGACCAGUCCAUCAAUCACCUCCGAGACGGACUCAUGGCUGGUUUGACAGAAGAGAUUGAGAAGAAUUCUCCCACUCUUGGAAGGGACGCGAUCUACACCAAGACUUCUAGAGUGUCCCGGCUACCCAAAUACUUGACGGUGCAUUUCGUGCGAUUUUUCUGGAAAAAGGACGUGCAGAAGAAGGCAAAGAUUUUGAAGAAAGUUACCUUCCCCGAGGAACUGGACGUUGUGGAAUUUUGCACCGAUGAUCUCAAAAAGAGACUGAUCCCUGUCCGCGACAAGGUCCGCGACAUUCGAAAGGACGAGCAGGACGUAGAGAGAGCUCGGAAACGACAAAAGCUUCGUCACAAGCAAGAAGAAGAUCGCAAGCACGACGAGACGUUUAAAGCACAGGAAGCAGCUCCUAUUGCCAAGCUCCGGGAUCAAAAGGAUCCUAAAGAGAAAGAGGCUGAAGGAGGUGAAAUGGACGUCUACAAAACUGAUGCAGAGUAUGAAGCGGAACGUGCAGAGUCCAUCAAGCGUGCCAAGAAGGAGCUCUAUGCGCUGAUUGAUCAACAGCUUGCAGAAGAUGAAGGCGCCAACAAGUCCGGCUUGUAUGAGUUGAGAGGUGUCAUUACUCACCAGGGGGCCAGUGCUGACAGUGGACACUACACCAGUUUCGUCAAGAAACAAGGCAAGGUUGUGGAUGACCCCAAGGCACCUGGCGGCAAGCGUAGAGAAGACGAUGGAAAAUGGUGGUGGUUCAAUGAUGACAAAGUCAGCGAGGUUGAUGCUGAAAGAAUCAUGACUCUGGCUGGUGGUGGCGAGAGUGCUUCCGCUCUCAUCCUUUUGUACAGAGCCAUCGACCUGCCUACCAGAGACGAAAUCCAAGAGUGAUGGCUAGAAAGAAUGGAGAGUGUCAGUUGUAUGUUAGUCCAGCGAUUUUGCAUUCAACAGCGUGCAUAGCGGAAGUAACAGCAUCAGCCCGACGUAGAAUAAAAUAGACCAAGAAUCCACAGAGUUUGAC